AUGCCAUGUAUGCAUGCAAUCUCAGCUAUACAGGAUAAGAAUGACAAACGUGCUGAAGACUAUUGUCACGACUGGUUGAAGAUGGAAGCGUACAGGAAGACUUAUUGCUUCAAUGUGAAUCCAGUGAAAGGUCAGGAUCUGUGGGAAAAAACUCCACACCCAGCACCCGUCCCACCACCAUUUAAAGCAAAGCCUAGAAGACCAACCAAGAAAAGGAGAAGAGAGAAGGACGAACAACCCACUGGGUCAAAAACAAAGAUGAAGAGAAAAUACAACCCUAUCAGAUGCAUGUAUUGCAGUGAGAUAGGACACAACAAGCGAAGCUGUGCAAAAAAGAAAGCAACCGAAGCUGAGGAGCAUGCUAGGCAGCUGCAGCUACAACUAGCUCUGGUUGCCCCUGCUGCAGAAGGGGCUGCCCCUGAAGCAACUACUGUCCCAGCUGAACCUAAUCCAGCUCCAGCACCAACACAGACCCCGACAGUUAUUGAUGUUAGCCAGUGUGACAGUAUACCACCAACCCAAGAAACACAACAGGAACAACUCGCUGCUAGGCCAUCGAAACUAAAGGUCAUUAAAGGGAAAGCCAGAAUUCAGUCGUCUCCUAAAGCUACUGUAGCCGCACCAGUCGCUAUCUCUGCUGAGACAAUCAAGGGGACUAGUUCAGCCACUGCUAAAAAACUGGCCGACUUUAUGACCCUCGUUCCUACUCCCGCCUUCAAGCCCCCAAGAAAGAUUGAUAAAUAA